GCUAAGACGAACAGUCACAGGCAGCGGGUGGAGAGAUGAGGAUGAUGCAGCCGAAGGGAUGGAGAGGAUGACGCCCUGCACGCUAGAGGUGGAGAUCCGGCGGACUGAGGUGACAACGGCGACGCACACAGGAAAAAGGGGGAAGGAAGACUGCUGCCGCCGUAAGUCGAGGAAAGGGAGCCGAACGCGAAGAGUAAACGCGGUCCUUAGUAUCACGUAGGAGAGCCAAGGUAACGUGGAGCUGAUUCACACACAGUGGUCUGGCUGGUGUCUUUCUGUGGCUUAUUAAUGCGUGUAUGUUGAUUAUUGAUGCGCCGCAGCUGUGAGCCACAUCCAGGGAGCCAACACCUGCCGAGACAGGGAGAGAGGAACAAAGAGAGAGAGAGGUAGCGCCGAGCAGACCUGACAGUGUAUGUCAUUUCAUCUACAAUCGUCCAGCACUAUGGACAAAAUGUACACUGCUCAGCAGGCAUUAGAGUUAAUUUUAGCAGAGAGUGAGACAGGUAGUGGAGGGGAAGAAGAGGAUGUCACAGAUUCUGCAGAAUAUGAGGACAAUACUGAAACAAAUUCUGAAUAUGAGAGUGAAUUUGAGGAUGAGGGCUCAGAGCAGGCAGCAGAAAAAACUGCAAUUCCCACUGCUGGAGGAUCCUCACAGCCAACUAUAUCCAAGAAUGGCCAGAUUGAAUGGUUUUCAUCUCCGAUCAGUCAAGCCCGCCACUCAGUUGCUAAGAUAAAGAUGGCACCAGGACCCACACAAAUGGCUGUGAGACAUGUUCGUGAUAUAGUGUCAUCAUUUGAACUGCUGAUUCCUCACUCAGUCCAGAAAAUCAUUCGGGACAUGACCAACCUUGAGGGAAGACGUGUUUUUGGGGAGCAGUGGAAAGAGAUGGACAUCAUACAUUUGCAAGCCUACUUUGGGAUCCUCAUCCUUGCAGGUGUCUACAGAUCUAGAGGGGAGUCAACUCAAAGUCUUUGGGAUGCUGAGACAGGAAGAGCGAUUUUUGGAGCCACAAUGUCACUGGAGACCUUCCAAACAUUCUCCAGGGUUAUCCGGUUUGAUGAUCGGGAAUCGGAACCUGCUAGGCGGAGGAAGGACAAGUUGGCAGCCAUCCGUACUGUGUGGGACAAGUGGGUGGAACGUCUUCCACUUCUCUACAACCCCGGGCCCAAUGUGACUGUAGACGAACGGCUUGUGGGGUUUAGAGGCCGUUGCCCCUUCAGGCAGUAUAUGCCCUCCAAGCCAGCAAAAUAUGGAAUAAAAAUAUGGACUGCCUGUGAUGCGACAUCAUCUUAUGCAUGGAACAUGCAAAUUUAUACAGGGAAGGCAGAGGGAGGAGCCCCUGAGAAAAACCAGGGGACACGGGUUGUUCUUGAUUUGACGGAGAGCCUCAGUGGGCACAACAUCACUUGUGAUAAUUUUUUCACUACAUACAGCCUGGGACAGGAACUUCUCAAAAGAAAGCUGACAAUGGUUGGCACAAUUAGAAAAAACAGCACUGAGCUCCCACCUCAGCUUCUAAUUGUAAAGAACAGGCCAGUCCAUUCCUCCACCUUUGUGUUUACGGCCAACACUGCCCUCGUAUCCUACAUACCCAAAAAGGGCAAAAAUGUGAUGCUUAUGAGCACUCUUCAUAGGGAUGGGAGAAUCAGCAGCCAGGAGGACCGCAAGCCAGAGGUCAUACUUGACUACAACGCCACCAAAGGAGGAGUUGACAAUCUUGACAAGCUGCUAUCCUGCUACAGCUGCCAAAGAAGAACAUUACGGUGGCCACUUGUGAUUUUAUUCAACAUCCUAGAUGUUUCGGCAUACAAUGCCUUUGUAAUCUGGAUGGCACUUAACCCGGACUGGAAACAGAACAAGUUCCAAAGAAGACGUCUUUUUUUAGAGGAGCUAGGCAGGGCACUAGUGACACCACACAUACAGAGGAGACAACAUGUGCCCAGGAACCCAGCUUCUCUUGCCAUCGUUAGGAGGUUACAGGAGGAUCCUGCUGUCCCACCUGCAGUAUGCACACGAUCACAACCUCCAGCACCUGAAAUGGCAGCCACUGGCCAAAAGAGGAAGUGUUGCGAAGUGUAUGGACCCUCAACAGCUUCCAAGACCCGGUUCACCUGCAUCAACUGCAAAAACCAACACCUUGUCAGCCAGCGUUGUCCUUCACAUUUCACAACCUAUAGUGACUGUAAAGAAAAGGCUGACAUUGAGGUUGCGGCCAGCCCCAGGCAACAUAAGCGCUGUGGAGUGUGUGGACCCAAGAAGGACAGAAAAACAAAACAUACCUGCAUCAAGUGCAGGACAUACAUAUGCAACACCCACUCAAGAAGGCUCUGCCCCUCAUGUGAUGUAUAGGUUUGUGUGUGCCAAAGAAAGGCAAGAAUGUUGUUCUGAUGAGUACACUGCACAG